AUGGCGAACAUUGCCAAUGUUUUUACUGAAAACUCAAGCAAAAAUCAAAGCAGUUUCGAAGUUAUAACGCUUUCUAGCGACGAAGAACAGUCAGAACAAAGCAAUGAGGACGUGAGCUUUUUGUUCAAGCGUUUUAUUUUAGCGUGUCGACCGCAUGUAAGGCAAGAGGCCAUUAAAGAUGCACGAUCAUUAUUUACGGAAGUUCAAGGAAAAUUGACCGCAUCGCACGAUCUGGUGGCCAUGUUAGAACGUUACGUUAAAGAGAUUAAGAAAGAGAACGCUGGUUUGUACUUCAGUCUGAUAUGUAGAACGCUAAAGGCGGAAAAAUCUAUAAAUAAUGGUGUGGUAUUGAAUUCAGGCAAUGGAUUAACCAAUGCUGGUGAAAAUCUGGAUGUUGUAAACAAAGUUCCAAAGAGUGUUACAUUUUGUGACGUAAGCGAGGCGCGCGGAUUUGAACCGACCGCCAAGUUAUCUACGAAUCAAAAUAAUUCAACCACAUCUGCACCUCAGAUUGCUACAAUUUCAGAUGAUGAUGAUUUUGUUGGCCCAAAACCAUCAAAAAUGCCUACAGAAAGAAUUGAGAAUAUUCCUUCGACUUCAAGUGCAUGUCAAGAUGCCACAGCCAACAAAACCAAAGGAAAGAUUUCUACCAGAACACUUACUGUAAAACAAAGGAAAAAACUAGCGGCUCGGCUAAAGCAACGAUUAAAGGAAAUUAGCAACGAGAUAAAAAUAUUAAAUCGAGCAGAACUCACGCUUGAAGAAAUGGAUAUGUGCGAUAGUACAUAUAUUAAAGAAAAUCAGCUGAAGAAAAAGUUUGAAAAGACUUGGACUAAAUUAUGUAAGAUUUUAGGUCGGGAGCCUAACACCGGUCGUGUUGUCGAGAAACCCAUCCGUGCAAGCUCGACAGGUUAUUCAAUGAUCGACAAAGCAGUUGCAAAGUUCUUGAAAGAAAAGCCUGGCUCAUUUCCUGAUUAUUUUGAUAUACGAGAUAUCGUUAUGAAAACGAACAAAAAGUAUGAUCUAAGAAUGUCGCCUCAAGUAUUGAAUGGACUUAUUGCAGACAUAUUCACAGAUAUCGGAAACAAGCUUCAACGACGGCGAGAGAGAGAUUUGCUGUUUAAUUUUGGGUCACAUCUUUUAGAUGAUUUUAAAACAGAGGAUGAUCCAGCCUUGUCAAAUAAAGAUCUAGCUUUGCAACUGGAGAAGAACCGCCGAAUUUCGAAGCGUAAUUUGAAACAUGUGUACACCAAAUAUGCACAUCUUGAACGUUAUGAAAUUGACGAAAAAACACGAAAAUCUGGUUCCUCCAGGGUAAACAAGGAUAUGAGUAGUGAAUCGGGUACAUCUGAUGAUGAACAGGACCAUCAAAGGUCUAGGAAUCACAACAGGUAUGCUCGCCUUGAUCGGCAAGAGGUAAUUGGUAAAUCAAAGAAGGGUUUGUCAAGUACACCAGGCUCUUCUAGAGGGCUAGAUGGGGAUAUUUGUAGUGAAUCGGGUUCAUCAGACAAUGAACAGGAUAUCCCAAGGGCAGAGUUUGAUGACUCAAUAGUGGUAGUGGAUUCAGAUGUACCCACAUCACAAGAGUUGUCCUUCGUUAGUGUCUCACCCAAACUUUCAACAGACAUGUUAUCUACAUCUCAUGUUGAACAGUCGUUAUCAGACACAGAUCGCAUGGAGGUAUCGUUAUCUGACAACGAGCGUCCUGAGUCACCGAUAUUUCCACUCACUUGUCUUACACAGAAUGAAACUGGGACGUCAGAACAAACAUUGUCAACUUUUGAUCCUGAUUGUUCCAACAACGACACACAAACAAAUCAACAGACUUUCUCCUCCAGUAGUGAUUGUGAAAUAAUUAACAACCCAAGUGAACAUAAACAAUUUGUUACACUAGCUAACGAGCCAUCAGUUUCUGAAAUUCAAUUAAACACUGAUUAUGAUUGUGAAAUUGUUAACGAGCCAACUGAGCAGUUGGUAACCAUGAAACAAUUUGAACCUGUUAACGAGCCAUCUGUUUCUGAUAAACUAAACACUGAUGAUGAUUAUGAAAUUGUUAACAAUCCAAAGCAACAGUCGGUAACCAUGAAACAGCUUGAUGAACCAGUUAACGAGUCAUCAGCACAACUUGAUCAACCAGUUAAUGAGCCAUCAGCACAACUUGAUGAAUCAAUUAACGAGCCAUCAGUGUCCGAUAGCCAACCAAAUACUGAUGACGAUUGCAAAAUUGUUAACAACCCAAAGCAACAGUCAGUAACCAUGAAACAGCUCGACCAACCAGCCUCUGAACCUUCUGUUAACGAACCACACCCAGAUGACUGUCUAAUUAUUGAUGACGAUCAAGAAGAUUCGGCGAGCACAAGCUGCAGUGAGCCACUAAAAAUACCGACAUCAACACCUAGCGAUGAAUUAAUUAAAACACUGAAUGUUCUUCGGGAGGUAUUCCGAACAAGAUUCGACCCAAGGAAUGAAUCCACGAGGGAUGAAUCCACAGAGUCUAGGGAUGAAUCUAUGGACGAAUCAUCAAGGGCUGAAUCCACAGAGUCUAGAAACACAAAUUUAGUUAGUCAGACUGUCCAGAAUACGGUUUGUUCAAGUGAAGAUAGUACUAUGAAGGACACUGCGCAGGAUUUGAAUUUAAAAUCUGGACACUCAAACUCUGUUAGUCAGACUGACAGUUCUAAGGCUUGGUCAAGUAAGAGUAGCAGUGACAAUACAGAGGAUUUAAAUGUUUGUGGGAAUUCAGACCUAGAUUGUGUGACAAUAGUUUCAGACAGUGAUGUCAUUAUGUCUAACAAUGACCAAUAUUCAACUUCCAACAGUGUCAAGGAUGGUAUAGGGACAUUAACUUAUUGUCCAAUUGAAACAAGUCACACCAUUGCAAGAACAUCCAGUAAUUCACCACCAAAGCACACUCAGUCACUAAGUACAGAAGCACCUACCAAUGUGGUUUUUUCGAGAAAAACCAUCACAAGCAACCUGUGUCAUCCACCAUUGAGUCCAAAGCCGAGUACAAGUGAAACUAGCAAUGUGGUCAAUCCAAGAAAACGCAAAGCAUCUACAGAACUUGCCAUACAAAUCCCAAAACAAUCUGUCAAAUGCUUGGAACAUCUUGCAUGGUGUUUAAAAAACAAGAGAUUGAAACUACCAGAUGCAUGGGUGAACUCUAAGAAAGCUGAGAAAAACAGUGAUGUUUCCUCAUCAAAACCAACAACUUCAAAAGAAUCAUCAGCAAUUAGGAGUGAUGUUCCUGCCUUAUCCAAACCGACAACGUCAUCAGCAGUUCGGAGUGAUGUUCCUGACUUAUCGAAACCGACAACGUCAUCAACAGUUAGUCAAACUUUAAGCGAGAACAAUUCACAACUUGUAAACGGCAAGGCGAAAAUCGACUUACAACAUAGACACGUUUUUCGAGAGAAGACUCUGAAUGCACUCCAAGUUCCAAAAAAACUCGCCUGUAAUAAUAAUGUAAACAGUGGUUUUCAAUCGGACGACAAUAAUGUGAACAGUGGUCUUCAAUCGGAUGACAUAAAUUCUUCAGCGCCUGCGUCUGACGAUGCGGAUAAACGCGAAGUGAUCAUAAUUGACGAUUAA